AUGAAUGCCACAUGGCGCUUGUUGACGCUUUUGAGUGUGGUGAGCUGCGCUGAGCCUAGGUGCUCUCCGACCUCUUAUUACAAAAACUGCUGGAUCCGUCGCUUCCCGGGGAUUUACAUCGACGUAGAGGAGUCCCUGAGGCGAGGCGCACAAUUACUCAAGUUUUAUCAAGAGGACACUGCGCUCAAGUGUAGCCGCACCUGUUGCCUGACCAGGAACUUUUCUUGCAAUUUAGCCAUUUUCCAUUACGAUGCGACUCAAGAAAGUGUGAACUGCUUCCACCUUCACUGCCCCACUCUGGAGAGCUGUAUACUGAGCCACAGGGGCAACGUGGUCCUCUACAACAUCACCAAAGGAGUGGACCCGGACCUAUUGGUGUUUGGUAAAUACUUCAACACAAAUGUGCGUGUGUUACCGCAUCACUACAUCCGCUCCAACGCCUCAGACCCUCUGCCUCCAGACAAGAGGCAGUUUAUCCACCCGCGCCCUCGCCCUGUCCCACCAGCUCCUGCUCCUCAGCCCAGCUCUGCAGAUGCCUCUAAAACAUCACUCACUACAGUUGACAGGAGAGAACCACUCAACAUGGUAACAAGUACAGAGCAUUCCAACGUGGCAUCUGGAAUAGUACCUUCAAAUACUGAAACAGCUACAACACAUCCUGGGAUAGAACCGUCAAACAUGGCAGCUACAACAGAAUCCACCAACACAGCAACAAGACCUGAGACAAGCAAGAUAAAAUACUCCAGCUUGGCUACUGUCACGCAUCAGGAAAUUACUGUGACCACAAUUACAAUUAGGGCCUCCACUUUUAAAACACAGGCUUCGUCCAGCUCUGAUAUACAUGCUAAUAGACUCUCAACCACAUUACACCCUCCUCUUUUGGCAUCUGAAAUCCCCACAGAACCUCCCAAUCAUUCUACCACCACCAACACUCCUGCAAUAUCCAGCAGCGAUGCACCGGCCAACAUAGAGAGCAGCAAACACAAAACCAAUGACACCAAAGGGAACUUGGGGAGGAAUCACACUACUGUCGGUACGGAUGGCCAUGUUUCAGCAGGUGGUGUGGGGGGUGACCAGUGGGGCGAACAGGGACCUGGUUGGCAUGUAGCCACCCACACAGUGCUGGUGGCGGUGGCCAUAUGUGUGACUGUGCUGCUGGGGUGCUGCUGCUCCGUGGUCCUUGUGUUCAGCUGGAGGGGGCACAGGAAGAGGAUGGGCCGAUACCGGACAGCAUGGAGAGGGAAGAAAGGGUCCAUGCGCCUCAUUAAGUACGUCCUGGUUAAAGAGAACUCCUGAUUGUUAUGUAAUGUAGAAACAAAAAUUAGAUAAGUUAUUACUGUAAAGUGUAUAUAGGGUACAGUGGCAUAGGCAGCAUAGUU